AUGGUAUUUUUUAUUUUUUCAUCUGCAGAAGAAUUAGAACGGCGAUUCAUCGAUGGAAAAUGGAUUUGUGAAGAUGGCUGCGGUGGAUAUUUAGUUUUUGUCGAUGGAACUUGGAUACGUGGUGAUGAUGAAGAUUUAAGAAAGAAAUGGAAUGAUUCGAACGCUAUAUCAAGUAAGCAAACGGCUACAAAUCGUUGUAUUGUCGAUGGUAUAACCAUGGAAUGGAAUAGUUAUGUACAAAAAUGGUUACCAGUUGUUGAAGUUGAUGAAGAUUUUCUUGCAAAAUAUCACACCAAGUAUGGUUUAAAUUAUGAUUACGGGUCCUUAACUUCAGCUGGACCAAGUACAGAAUCAUCAAAAGAAAUUAAAACGGGAGGCAAAACAGCGAAAAAUAAAAUUUCUGAUAAAAAGAUUGAACAAGGUUGGGUCGAGUUGGAUGAGUCAAAAAAUACAUCAGUUUAUAUCACCAAUCUUCCACGAACGAUUGACUUAGACUCCUUGCAUGAAUUGAUGAGCAAGUGUGGUGUCAUUCAACGUGAUGCGAGAAUAAAUAAGCCAAAGUUAAAAAUUUAUAAGUUUGAAGAUGGGACACCAAAAGGUGAUGCAACUUGUGUUUAUAUAAAGAAGGAAUCUGUUGAUCUUGCGUUACAAAUUUUGGAUGGAUGGAAGAUGGGUGAUAAUAUUAUCAGGGUUGAACGAGCAAAAUAUGAAAUGAAAGGAGAAUUUGAUCCUAAGAAGAAGAAAAAAAAAUUGACUUCUGCUCAGAAGAAACGAUUCCUAGAGAAUCAACAAAAAAUAUUUGAAUGGCGUCCUGAAAAACCACGAAAUUAUCGACCAUUUAGCGAUUGCACUGUUGUAAUGAAAAAUAUGUUCACGAUCGAACAAAUGAUGAAAAACGCUACUUUGUUAUUCGAUUUGGAAGAUGAAACACGUAAAGUUUGUGAACGAUUUGGACCAGUUAAAAAGGUCGUCGUACACGAUAGCAAUCCAGAGGGUGUGAUAUGUGUGACAUUCACAAAUGUCGAGCAUUCGGAUGCAGCUGUUAGUUCUUUAAAUGGUAGAGUUAUCGAUGGACGCAAAAUCGAAGUGAAUUUGUGGGAUGGCAAAACAAAAUAUGCUGUAGCAGAAACUGAAGAGCAAAAAGCAGAACGAAUUGCUCAUUGGCGCCAAUUUAUUUCUGAUGAAAAUUGUUAG